AUCAAUAACUUAAUUAAUAAAAAAAAGAAAAAAAAGACUCCGUAGGAGUAGAAUUUGUUAUGGCAAAUUGCAAUUGCAUACACGUAUAUAUCAAAUCUGAUUAAACAAACACACAUCUAUCUUAUUGCCUUCAUUCAUUUCAUAGAUGUUGAACAAAAACUAAACGAAUCGCAAGAAUUAAGGUCAGGAGAGGGACAACAAUGGCGUCCAGAGGGAGACGAGGAGGUCCAAUGAGAAAGAACUCAUCAUCUUUAUUCUCAUCAUAUAAUUUGUUGUUUGGAGCCCUCCUUAUAUUUUGUUUCUUUCUUAUCAUUCUUCUUGCUUUUGGUAUUCUUUCUAUUCCAAACUCUUCAUCGUCGUCAUCAUCAUCGUCAGUACCUGUACAACAUUCUCGGAAAGCUCAAGAUCUUACCACCAUCGUUCACAAUUCUGUCAAGAGUGAUGCUGUUGAGGAUUAUGAUGAGAGAGCAGAUCAGUGGGUUGAGGUCAUUUCUUGGGAACCUAGAGCUGUUGUUUAUCACAGUUUUUUGUCAAAGGAUGAAUGUGAGUAUCUGAUCAAUCUUGCCAAGCCUCACAUGCACAAGUCAAGUGUUGUUGACAGUGAAACUGGAAAGAGUAAAGAUAGCAGGGUGCGGACAAGUUCUGGGACAUUUUUGGCAAGAGGGCGUGAUAAAACAAUACGUGAGAUUGAGAAACGGAUUGCAGAUUUCACUUUCCUACCUGUCGAACAUGGGGAAGGACUUCAAAUUCUCCACUAUGAAGUAGGACAAAAGUAUGAGCCUCACUAUGACUAUUUCCUCGAUGAUUUCAACACAAAUAACGGAGGCCAACGUAUAGCUACUGUACUUAUGUACCUAUCAGACGUCGAAGAAGGGGGAGAAACUGUUUUUCCUAAUGCUAAAGGUAAUUUCAGUGCCGUUCCCUGGUGGAAUGAGCUAUCUGAAUGUGGGAAAGGAGGAUUAUCUGUAAAGCCAAAGAUGGGUGAUGCACUGCUAUUUUGGAGCAUGAAGCCUGAUGCGACUCUGGAUCCUUCAAGUUUGCAUGGUGGAUGUGCUGUUAUCAAAGGGAAUAAAUGGUCCUCUACAAAGUGGUUACGCGUGAAUGAGUAUAAAGCUUCUUAGUAGGUGGCUAAUGUUGUACACUUCCUAUAGGCGCAUGUCACAGAUUUUUCAUGAGAGGUCCAGAAGUAAGCAUGGAAUUAAUUGCCGUAUUGAACUAGAACUAGUAGCUAAAUUAUCUAAUCUGUCUUGCCUUGCUACAUCAUCAUACCAAUAUUGUACUGCAAAAUACUUUCUACACUACCAUUUGCUGCACAUUGUUAGCCAAUCUUUGUUCAUAUUCACAUAUAGAGAAUAAGGUCUGGGGUUCAGUUGUACUAAUUUCUCCAACAAAUUUUAGACGACAACUAGCAUUUGCUACCAAAGCGGAGAUAAUGUAUACGGGACAAGCAACUGUCGUCUUGGGUCAUGAAAUCAGGGAGCUUCCUUAAUACCAGCUGGAUUAUCAUCCAAACACCUGUUUGGAUUCAUAAGCACCUCAUUUUAAACCAUACAUACUUAUUCUUCAUUGUCCUAAUCACAGUUAUGAGAUAUGUUUGCUUGAUAAUAAUAUUCCUUGACUUAUUAAAUGUAUGUUAUUAGUUCGAACA